AUGAUGUUUAUCUUUGUGAUGCUGGGACUUCUGCUCUGCAAAGAAUUAGCAGGGUCCAGUGCUGUGACAACUGUGUUUGUGCAGAAAGGGAAGAAUUUACAUCUGGAUGUUAACAAACCUGUUGCUAUACCAGAAGGUGAUGAAUUUAGGUGGAGAUUCAAUAAUACUCACAGCAUAGUGAGAUUAAUUCUUGAUACAAGAGCAAGAAUAGUUGACCCUUAUAAAGGAAGGGUUGAGUUUUCUGUACAAAAUCACUCUUUGCUUUUGAAGAAUGUGCAACACAGCGACAGUGGAGAUUACACUGCACUCAUAACUGGGGACAAAAACCAACGUGUAGCUGAAUACGAGGUCAUAAUUCAAGAUCCAGUGUCUCCAGUUCAGCUGUCAGUGAACUCUGUGUCUAACAGCAGAGAGUCCUGUAACCUCACUGUGACCUGCAGUACAGAGGACUCUCUCAUCAACAGCACUUUUAGAUGUGACAACCAAACCUGCCAUCAGGAGGGAGGAGAGCAGUCAGAGGUCACAUCCUCUGGUUCUUCUCUCCGUGUCUACCUGGUUAAUGACUUCAUCAUCUGUAACCAUAUCAACCAGGUCAGCUGCACCAGAGACAUAAAGGAGAUUCAGCAUUUCUGCUCUCCAACUGCUGGGUCCAGUGCUGUGACAACUGUGUUUGUGCAGAAAGGGAAUGAUUUACAUCUGGAUGUUAACAAACCUGUUGUUCUACUAGAAGACAAUGAAUUUAGGUGGAGAUUUGAUGACACUGUCAGCAUAGUGAGAUUUAUUCCUGAUAAAGGAACAAGAAUAAGUGACCCUUAUAAAGGAAGGGUUGAGUUUUCUGUUCAAAAUCACUCUUUGCUUUUGAAGAAUGUGCAACACAGAGACAGUGGAGAUUACACUGCACUCAUAACUGGAGACAAAUCCCAACAUCUAACUGAAUACAAGGUCAUAAUUCAAGAUCCAGUGUCUCCAGUUCAGCUGUCAGUGAACUCUGUGUCUAACAGCAGAGAGUCCUGUAACCUCACUGUGACCUGCAGUACAGAGGACUCUCUCAUCAGCAGCACUUUUACAUGUGACACCCAAACCUGCAAUCAGGAGGGAGGAGAGCAGUCAGAGGUCACAACCUCUGGUUCUUCUCUCCGUGUCUACCUGUUGAAUGACUUCAUCAUCUGUAACCAUAUCAACCAGGUCACCUGCACCAGAGACAUGAAGGAGAUUCAGCAUUUCUGCUCUCUAACUGCUGGUGAGACUGAAAUAACAGGUUCACAGAGUAUCUCUCUGUGCCUGGUGAAGACAGUCGUGUUCUCUGUUGGUCUGAUCAUCAUGGUGUCUGCCGUCAUCAGUGUCCAUCUGAUGGAGAGACUCAAGAAGCAAGAAUGAAGAGACAACUCUACACCAACAAAUCUGUUAUUCACUUUCUUAUCAAGUAGAACAGCAGACGCCACUGUGCAUGAGUAGGAAUGCAGUUCAGUUUAUAGAGCUUUGCUUACUUGUUGUGCUACAUAUCACAACCUCUUGACUUAGUCAGUCUCUCUUAAUGAAGAGUGUGAUGUUGCAACUUCAUCAC